GAGGCCCCGCGCUCCCACCAUACGUUAAUAUAUUCGACGCACGCGUACUAAGUCGUCGUUUUCGCAGCGUCAGUCAAAGAUGGCGCUAGCGGCCGCCAAGCCGACGAAUCAUCGAUCGGCGUUCUUUCCGAGAAACGUGGGCCGAGUAGAGCUGGGCAAUUAAUACGAAUCCUACCUCUGUCAAGCCGAUGAAUAGUCAAGAACACUUUUUUACACGGAAUUUCUCGUUUUGUAAAUUUUAAAAACCACAUUAAAUAAAAUGCAGCCAAUGCACAAGUUUAUGCGAAAAAAAAAACAAUAGCAUCCAUUUGCACGAGAGUCCUGAUGCUCCAAUAAGUUCGUUCGUUCCGUGUCCCGCUCUACUGUGACACCGACGUGAACAUAGGAACGACGCGGUCGGUGGCGUUCUGCGGCCAACUUAACGGUAAAACUCGGUCGGUUCCGCGCGGCCUCAAGGCAGUCGUCAACAUGAUGUGGCACAUCGCGUAGCGGCCACCGAUAAUUUUAAGUUCGUUUUCGUAUUAAAAAACAAAACCCGGCCGAAACCCGUCGGCGCUAAACAAAUAUUAUGUAAUGUACACAUCGUUAAGUACGCGCAUCGUACGCCGUUUACGUUAUCCCGGACCGCAAACCAAGUACAAAACCCCGAAAACAUAAGAGAGAAAAGCGUAUAACCCGACGAAAACUGCGUGUUUUUCUUUUUCUUUUUAGCGAAACCGACCAAAUACAAACGUAUCGCUCUUUUAUCGGAUAUACAUUUAAAGGCUGUGUUACACAUCGUAUAAUUUUAACGAAAUGGAACCCGUCGUAUCGGACUUCGAAGAGCUGAUGCUGUGCGGCUUCUGCAAGCAGAAAUUCAACGACACCGACCAGAGUCCGAAGCUGCUCUCGUGCAAGCACUACUUCUGCCUGCAGUGCACCCGCACCAACCUCGUCAAGGGCCAGGAGCUCUACUGCGUGUACUGCUGGAAACGGACCGAGGUAGGGGACCUGGGGCCCGAAUCGCUGCCCACGUACGCGCCGGUGCUCUGCCUCGCGAAAAACUUCGCGCAGCUGAACCUCGGACUGAAACCGCCCGACAAGGGGUCGGCGGGGGGCGCGGCUGCGGCCGCCGCCGCCUCCGCCAAGGUCAUCUCCGAGAACUGUCACACGCACGCGAUGCCGCUGGCGCUCUGGUGUCAGACGUGCUGCGCGCCGGUGUGCCGCGCGUGCGCAAACACCGCGGACCACGCGAACCACAAGAUAAAGUCGCAGAACGAGGCCAAGGACCAAUUGGUCGCCGAGAUGCAGAUCGAUCUCGCGUCUAUGAACAAAAUGCUGUCCGAGAUCCAGCGAUUGGCGAUGCAGCAACGCGAGUUCCUCCUCAAGAUACUCGAGGCGUGCGUGACGCUCAAGACCCACGUCGAGGCGGACCUGACGACGAACACGUCGCAUUUCGAGUUGGGCGAGACGCGCGACCUCCUCGCCAAGCUCCGCCUCAACCUGUCCAUGGCCGAGAACCUGUCCGAGGUGCAGAACAUAUUCGCCAGCGUCAACGUCGAGAAACAACGUCUCCAGGUGCGCUACCAGGAGAUGUACCUGCAGUGUCAGCUGGACGACCUCAUACGCAACUCGUCGGUCGUGUUCGACUUCCAGCUGCUCAAGCAGGCCCUCAACAACAUCCACAACGGGGAGGCGGUGUUGCCGAGCAACUCGCGCGUCCUCGCGCCCUCGCAACAGAACCCGAUCCUCUUCCUCGCCAACUACUGCAUGUCGCAGCUGUACUCGCGUCACGUCGUCUCCAAACAGCCCGUGAACGGUACCCUCGACUACCACAACCAGAACGCCGCCUACCUCGGCGGCACCAACCAGCAACAGCAGCAGCAGCACCUGGUGCUCGCCACUCCGAAAAACAUCUACCAGGACAACAACCUCAUGAUGCAGACGAUGAUACCGUCGCCGCAGAUACGAAACCCGUCCGCGAUGUGUCCCCUGUACUAUUUCAACAUCGAGGUGAACGGGGCCCAGAUGGGACGCAUCGUCAUCGAGGUGAGGGCGGACGUGGCGCCGAAAAUGGCGAAGAAUUUCGGCGUGCUGACGACCGGCGAGGCGGGCAUGGGAUACAAGGGCUGCCAGAUAUUUCAGUGUUGGGAGGGCGAGAGCGUCAUCACCGGCGACUUCGAGUUGAACAACGGCCGCGGCGGCCGUUCCAUAUUCGAGGAGUCGUACUUUCUGCCGGACGACACGAAACUGCUGGCGUCGCGAGGCACCGUCGGCAUGCGACGCACCCAGAAACGUCACGACAACCUCGGCAUGGUCGGCUCGCAAUUUCGCAUCAUCCUGCAGGAGAUGCGCGGCUUUACCGGCAUAUUCGGACACGUCGUCGAGGGAAUCGAACUGGUGGAGAAGAUCAGCACGUACGGCGACACCGCGGGGAAGCCCACCAAAAACAUUCUCAUAGUCAAGUGCGGUAAGCUGCAGUAACCGAUGCGCGCCGUUACGACAAUAAAAGGCGGGAUUUUUUUUGGCGGGGGGAGGUAGAACGUACAUAAUCAAAACGCCCCCGUGCCCGCGGGGAGGGGAGGGAAAUAGGACAGGGAGAAUGUUUGCCAAAAUCGUUUAUCGGACGCACGCGCGGCGGCGCCUCGAUCGCCCGACGGACCAACCGUUUAUAAUCAAAAACGCGACCCACGUUGCCGGAAUCUGUUUUGACCCGUUCGAAGACUAUUUAUUUAUUUACGUUAAAUACCGAAAAAUGGUUUUUUUUUAGCUCGCCGCAAGCUCGAGAAUCCAGGUCUGCGGGCCCGACGAGAAAACAAAUCCGGAAAGAAAUUAAUUUCGAUUUCGAUCGACUCUCGCGCGUUCCCAGUGAUACGUGACGUCACGUCGCGUCCGAUUUUAAACUCAUGCGUGUAUAUUUUACGCGGUCGAUCGGUGUUUAUCGAGGUUCCGCCGUAUAAAAGUAGUUAUUUAAGUACCCUACGAUCUAGGCUAAGUUCUGUUCGGUGUAACGCAUCAUAACCGUAGCUUAAACAAAAAAAAAUGCAAAACGUAUUAAAAAAAAUACAAACUAGGUGUUUUAUGUGUAGCUUCGUCAGGAAAAAACUCGAGAGGAAAUAGCGUACAGCCCGUAUAUUUAAAAAAAAAAGAAAUAAACGAAUUUCGAGAUACAUAUAUAUAACUAUAUUUUCAUAUUGUGAAACUAUCGAAGAAAAAAACUAAUGGACCGAUAUUUUUUAUUGUUGACUUUCGCGCGCGCGCUUGUGAAACGUUUAGGUUAUAUUCGACGACGACGACGACGGAAGGGACGAAUAUCGUUAAAGGUGCAGAGUUUAACGCGUGAUUUGGCCGAAGAAAUUUGAAUCGGAAAUAAACCCGCUUUCCUUUUUACAAUGGUGUAUAGCGUUCGUAGCGAGUUUAAAAAAAAACUUAAAAAACAUGCUUCCCUACUUUUUUUUAAUGAUUUACGAUAUACGAUUGUAUUGUAUACCUUAUAGGAGCGUAGAUAAGAAGGAGUGCAAUAAUAAUGCAUUUCGUUUUUUUUUUUUCAUUUUGCACCGACUACGGUUUGUUUUUGUCUUAUAAAUUAGGCUUUUUUUUUUUCGUUUAGCGUAUAAUUAAUGAUAAUUGUAUUGCGGCGCGAACGGAUCGGCGCCUCCAAAGCCGCGGCCGCCCCGUAUCGGCGCUCUGGACGCCCCGAUCGCCGCGAUUAACCAAAGUUGUGUGUGGCACGUCGUUUUUUGUAGGGAUCCCCCCGAAACCCCCGUCAGGUUUCGGUUUCGUUGGGUAAACGAAGUCGUAGUGUGACGUAACGGACUUUUUACGAAAAUAAAUACCUUUGGAAGCAUUUUAUUUUGUUUUUUCGCGGCUCCCUUUUUCAUUCCGCCCUGUCCCACGGUUUUACCACCACUAAACGAUAAUCGAAAAGGCUCAAUAACCGAUUAAAACUCGCAACGAGCACAGUUUUCUACAGGAAGUGGUCCUAAGAAAUGAAUUACGACACUCCCUACUAAUUAUUCAUGACCGCGGGAUGUUGACAAAACCGGGCAGUCAAAACUAUCAAUAGCAUUAAAUAUAACGGAUUUUUUGCACCUCGUAUGAAAUUUCACCCUUAUGUGACUAGAAAUAUUAGUUCAUCAUGUUUAGAUUUCGUUGACGUUACAUUAAGAGAGCAAAUAAUCAGUUAGACGUCUGUGGUUAAGGGAUUAUAUUAAUUCCGAGUUUAUUACGUUUUUUCAAAGAAAAAAUUGUGUUUGUCACAAUGGAAAAGGUGUUUGGGGAUGUUUUAAGGUAUGCAGAAGAGCAUUUGGCAUGAAAGAAGCAUUAUUAUGAGGUUUUAGGCAGACCUUUUAAUUUAGAAACAAUGUUAGGGACCUUCCUGAAUUAUAUACCCCAAAUCAUUUAGGCCACCCGCAGCAGCACCAGGUUUUCCAAUAUUUUGCAUUUUCGAAAAAAAAAAUGUCUGCCGCAAAAAUUUAACAACUAUAUGUAACAACCAUAGAAACGACUUCUUUGUUUGUUAUAAAGAAAUUAUUAGACGUUGUUGAUACAUAAGAUGUUUAUUAGAAUAAAAAAGAAAAAACUAGUAAAAUAAAAAUAUUUAAACAGUUCAAAUACAAUGAAAUAAAAGCAUUUUUUGUUAUCGCAACGCACAAUAUUUGCUAUUUUCGAGACUUAUCGAGUGUGGCGUUGAAUUUUAUCGCUUAACAAGGGAAAACGUUCUUUGUUAUCAAGCGCGCACGUUUUAAGAGGUGCAAAAAGUCCCGAUAAUCAAAUUAAACUAGUUAAGUCAAAAAUCACAGUUACCAUCCACUCUCCCCAGACUCCAUGGCCGACGCCCUUUUUUUUUUCUUUUUAAUACUUACGACGGCAGAUGCAUCGUUUACCUUUCGAAGUGGAAACUCAGGUGCGCGGCAGGGCCUAAUAACGUCAAGGAAAACAAAAACAGAUAACGGAACGGUACUCUGACAAUUCUUUUACCCGACAACGAAGCGUCUUCAUUUUGCCAGGUCGACACACGCGCCAAAAAGCAUAUCAUUUUUCUUACCGAUGAUCAUAUUUUUUGCGAGUCUAAAUUGUUUCGUGCCUUAGUAUUUAAGCUAUCUAGAACUUUACGACGUCAACUCGACUUUGUGUUUCUUUCGCACGACAAAAAUGAAAAAAAAAAGUACAAACGUUCGUAACUCGUGAUGCGGAUUCGGCACAAAACACUUCUAAAUCACGUAAACUGCAAAACGAUUUCGGUUCAGUUAUCACCUCUCGAUCAGUGUGCUUUUAGGCGACCCAGUUCGAGCAAAAUCAAUGUAAGAUAGAUUAAAUCGUAUUUAAUAUGUAAGUAAUUAGGGAGUAUAUCGUCUUCUGUUUGUAAACGUUCAACCGACAAUAAAGACGAGCGGAAAAUUUGUCCAGUUGGCCGCGGCAAGUUUGACAUUUGACAGUUGAACCGCCGCCACCUUGACGAGUUCCGCCGACAAAUCGAGGUUAUGAAAACUCUCCGUACCGAAUGGAUAUCAGAUACAUUACCCAUCCCUUAGACAUAAUAUGUGUAACGAACGUUCGCUAGUGUCCAUACUUUAAGAAUGUAUAUCAUAGAUGUUAAAGCGUUUAUGUGUGUUAGGCUAGUAAUUGUAUUUUAAAUCGGUUACGAUUUCUGUAAACCCAAACGCUCCCAUCACGAUUAAAUGUAAGCGACCCCGUAUCUGUCUCUAUCCGCCGCUCUGUCGACUCGCGAAGAAAACUCAACAGUAGAUGCCAGUGUACGUGCCUUGUUAACCCGACUCGAUAUUUGUGAUAAAAACCGAGUACCUACCACCUCACACAAACACGUUAGAUUUCAAAAAUAAACAUUUCCGCAUCUGUAAUCGUCACGAAUUGUGUUUUAAUUUG